CAGAACAGUACGUGGCAUUAAAAACUUCCGGUAAUGAGACUGUAAACAAACACAAUUUUAAUUUUCGAGUAUUCGUCUCAUCUCGCUUUCACCGUAAUCAAAAUGGCACAGUCAUUUCAACAAGAGUACAUGCAGAUGCCACCAAUGACCCGGACAUACACGACAGCGUGUGUCUUGACAACAUUGGCAGUGCAACUGGACUUUGUAACACCGUUCCAAAUCUACUUCAACCAAGAGCUAAUUUUCAAGCGUUUCCAGUUAUGGAGGCUGGUAACAAAUUUCCUGUACUUUGGACCAAUCGGCUUCAACUUUCUCUUCAACCUAAUCUUCACGUACAGAUACUGCAGGAUGCUGGAGGAAGGGUCUUUCAGAGGGAAAACAGCUGAUUUCUUCUUCAUGUUUCUCUUUGGAGGAGUGGUUAUGACUAUAGUAGCCUUGUUUGUGAAUCUCGUAUUUCUGGGCAGUGCAUUUACUAUAAUGCUAGUGUAUGUGUGGAGUCGCAGAAAUCCGUAUGUGAGAAUGAACUUCUUUGGCCUCAUGAACUUCCAGGCCCCAUAUCUACCCUGGGUGCUGCUCGCAUUUUCAUUACUGCUUGGAAACUCUGUUAUAGUAGACUUAAUGGGGAUAGCCGUUGGUCAUGUAUACUACUUUCUGGAAGAUGUAUUCCCCCAACAGCCCGGUGGAUUAAGAAUAUUGAAAACUCCAAGAUUUUUAACAUACAUAUUUGACCGUCAAGAUGACCCUAACUACAACCCCCUGCCUGAGGAGCGCCCUGGUGGAUUUAACUGGGGGGAAGGGCAGGUGGCCGGGGAACAGCCCCACCAGGAUUGAGGCCCCUAUGGGCGGGAACAUGGGUGGGGUUGUUGAUUCGGGAUCGCUGCAAUCUGCCAUCCUGUGACAAUGUUACAAACUGCCAGAAUUGAUUUCAGAAUUGAAUGGGAAAAAAAGAUGAAAUAAUGACUGAUGAAUGUUCAUUGCAAUGCAAUAAACAAGAAGAAUGGUUUCUACUGCUUGUGAUAUGCUAAUGGGGGGAGGGGCAUUGAGCUGUGAUCCAACAAUUAUCAUUGCUACAGAAUGCCAAGGGUGUUUAUAAUUAGGUGAUGGUUUUUUAGUUUCAAAACUUACAUUCUCAACGGGUUUGGAAUUGUGGCAACUUUUGAUGUAUACAAAUAAUAGGAUGAUCUGAUACAUUCAUUCGAGCAAAGGAAAUAUAGUAAUUCAUAGAGCUGAGUAUCAUUAUGUACAUGUAUGUGUGCUUGCAUUUGUAUUUAUAUCUUGUGAAAUUAUUUUGAUUUUGUUAAUAUAAAGCAACAAGAAAGCUA